CAAGAGCCCGGCCCCGGCGGGGCGCGGCCACUCGCUGAGCUCCCGCCGCCACGAACGGACCGACCGGGACACGGAACCCACGCGGGACCAGGAAUCCGGGAACGGGGGGGGUGGGAAAAGAAUCCGGGAACGGGUUAUGGCCCAACCGGGGAGCUGAGACCCCCCCCCACGCCACGCCACGCCACGACACCCCCCACACACACACUUUUUCUCCGGCUGGGAAGGUGAAAACGAAAGGUGCUUCAAGGUCCACAAGUGAAGGCAGAAGGAUUCCUGGGGCGGAUCCAGCCAGGACCAGCAUCCCAGCAAAGAUGGAGAAGGAGGAGGAGACCCGGGAGAUCCUGCUCCCCAACUGGCAAGGCAGCGGCUCCCACGGCAUCACCAUCGACCAGACGGAUGACGGGGUCUUCGUCAAGCGCGUGCAGCAAAACUCCCCGGCUGCCAAGAUGGGUGUCGUGAAGGAAGGGGAUCAGAUUGUGAGCGCCACGGUCUACUUCGACAACCUGCAAUCCGGGGAAGUCACGCAGCUGCUCAACAGCAUGGGCCACCACACGGUGGGCUUGCGCUUGCAACGGAAAGGGGACAAAUCUCCACUGCCGGGACAGUCAUGGUCACACGACGUCUUUGCGGCCAGCAGCCCAGAAGUUGUUCUGAGCGGCGACGACGAGGAGUACAGGAGGAUCUACACAACGAAAAUCAAACCCCGGCUGAAGUCGGAGGAGGCGGUGGAAGCGGAGUGCGGUGGAACGCAGAGCAGGACCAUUACGGUCACCAGAAAAGUGACGGCCUACACCGUUGAUGUCACUAGGCACGACGGAACAAAAGACGUCGACGUCAUCGGCCCAGACUUUAAAAUCCGGGUCCCGACCAAGGAAAUCACCCACGUGACGAAGACCGACAUCGAAACCGAGCCUGGGAAAACCGUGAUUAAAACAGCACCGGGGAGAAGCACCACGGACUGGAGCAUGGACAUCAAAGGGGCACCUCCGGGACCAACGGUCGGAUCUUCUGGCCAGAAGUUGGACGUCCACCUCGGCGAGGUUCAGUUCGGAAAACCCGGGAUAACCGUGUCGGGAACGCAAAUGAGGACUCAGAUGGACCCUACGUUGCCGGAGAGCCAAGUUCCUGGUGGGGAGACUGGAAAAUCUGUUACGGUAGAGAUGCCGGGACAUAACGUUUCUAGCACGACGUUCCUGGGCCCUCAAGGCAACUUGCCCAGAAUCGAAGCAAAUGGACAGAUGGGAAACCUGGACGCGGGUUUUCACGUCAAGGGUCCCAGGUUGGAUGGCAAAGGACGCAUUUCUGGCACCGACGUCCAAGGGGAGCUGCUGGGGGGUACACUGUCACACGCUGAUGCUACUGCCCCUUGUCUUCAGGGAGAUAUCAAAGCCCCCGGAGUUGACGUUUCGUUACCGGUGAUGGAAAAUCCAGCUGUCGAUGUGGGAAAAAUCAAGAUUCCUGUUUUGAAAAUGCCCAAAUUUGGGUUUCCGACCGCGGGAUCUGGCGUGGAAGCUCAAGCCCCGCAGGUGGGCACCGACGUUCCCAUGCCGAAGCUGCAAGCUCCGUGCGUGGACGUUGCCUCCUCAUCCGUCCAGGUCACGGGACCUGAAGUUUCAGCUCCUUCAGUUAAAGUCCCGAAGCCACAGGUGGACGUGGGGUUGAAGGGUGCCGUGAAGGUCCCCUCCCCAGACCUGGAAGUCCCUGGCGUGGGUAUCAAAGGACCCAGCAUGGAGCUCCCUGACGCAGAUGUUCACGGCGGCAAGGGAAAAGUCAAAAUACCACACCUAACCUUUCCAAAAUUCACUGCCUUGGACUCUCAAGGGGAAGGUCCCGUUGUGGAAAUGGUGCUUCCAAAGGGGGAGGUGGGACCAGCAGCGUCCAAGGUAGACGUUGGCAUUCCCGAUGUGGCCAUCAAAGGAGAAUGGAAAGGUCCCAAGUUCAAGAAGGUUGAAAUGCCCCAAAUCUCUCUGUCGGAUGUAAACUUGAACCUGAAAGGCCCUCAGGUGAAGGGAGAUAUGGGUGUCACCGUCCCCGGAGUGGAAGGGGACGUCAAAGGACUUGGCUCUAAGGGUCUAAAGAUGGACGUAAAGGUUCCUGAUGUCGAAUUUGAAAGCCCGGCGGGUUGUUUGAAAGGGCCUGGUAUAGCCGCACCAGAUAUGGACAUUAAUGUGAAGGGACCUAAGAUUAAGGGGGAAGUGGAUGUUUCUAUGCCAAAGAUGGGUGGCAACUUGAAAGGACCUCAGCUUGACAUUCAAGGCCCCAAACUGGGACUGGACAUGCCUGCUGUAGAUGUCAAAGGCCCCAGAGUUACAAUGCCAGAGGUACAUGUCAAGACCCCCAAAAUAUCCAUGCCUGACAUCGAUUUGAAUCUGAGAGGUCCCGGAGUGAAAGGAGACCUGGAUGUUUCUGCCCCGAAGCUGGAAGGGGAGCUGAAAGCACCUGGACUUGACAUCAAGGGCCCCAAGGUUGACAUUGAAGUGCCAGACGUGGACGUCCACGGUCCGGAAGGUAAACUAAAGAUGCCAAAGCUGAAAAUGCCCAAGUUUGGGGUGCCUGGCCUAAAGGGUGAGGGCCCCAGCGUUGAUGUGACUCUUCCAAAGGGUGAGGUGGACAUUUCUGGUCCCAAGGUAGAUAUCGAUGUGCCAAGCGUGGACAUCAAAGGGCCAGAAGGAAAGCUGAAGGGCCCCAAGGUCAAGAUGCCAGAGAUGCACGUCACAGCUCCAAAGGUCUCUGUGCCAGAUGUUGAUCUGAACCUAAAAGGCAUCAAAGCAAAGGGUGACGUGGACAUUUCCAUUCCCACCGUAGGAGCUGAUUUGAAGGGUCCUGAACUAGAGCUCAAAGGCCCCAAAGUUGACAUUGAAGCACCAGACGUGGACAUUCACGGUCCAGAGGGUAAACUGAAGAUGCCAAAGCUGAAAAUGCCCAAGUUUGGGGUGCCCGGCCUGAAGGGCGAGGGCCCUGACAUCGACGUGUCGCUUCCAAAGGGUGAGGUGGACAUUUCUGGUCCCAAGGUAGAUAUCGAUGUGCCAAGCGUGGACAUCAAAGGGCCAGAAGGAAAACUGACAGGCCCCAAGGUGAAAAUGCCCGACAUGAGCUUCAAGACCCCCAAAAUAUCCAUGCCUGACAUCGAUUUGAAUCUGAGAGGUCCCAAAGUGAAAGGAGACCUGGAUGUUUCUGCCCCGAAGCUGGAAGGGGAGCUGAAAGCACCUGGACUUGACAUCAAGGGCCCCAAGGUUGACAUUGAAGCGCCAGACGUGGACGUCCACGGUCCAGAGGGAAAACUAAAGAUGCCAAAGCUGAAAAUGCCCAAGUUUGGGGUGCCUGGCCUAAAGGGUGAGGGCCCCAGCGUUGACGUGACGCUUCCAAAGGGUGAGGUGGACAUUUCUGGUCCCAAGGUAGAUAUCGAUGUGCCGAGCAUGGACAUCAAAGGGCCAGAAGGAAAACUGAAGGGCCCCAAGGUCUCUGUGCCAGAUGUUGAUCUGAACCUAAAAGGCAUCAAAGCAAAGGGUGACGUGGACAUUUCCAUUCCCACCGUAGGAGCUGAUUUGAAGGGUCCCGAACUAGAGCUCAAAGGCCCCAAAGUUGACAUUGAAGCACCAGACGUGGACAUUCACGGUCCAGAGGGUAAACUGAAGAUGCCAAAGCUGAAAAUGCCCAAGUUUGGGGUGCCCGGCCUGAAGGGCGAGGGCCCUGACAUCGACGUGUCGCUUCCAAAGGGUGAGGUGGACAUUUCUGGUCCCAAGGUAGAUAUCGAUGUGCCAAGCGUGGACAUCAAAGGGCCAGAAGGAAAACUGACAGGCCCCAAGGUGAAAAUGCCCGACAUGAGCUUCAAGACCCCCAAAAUAUCCAUGCCUGACAUCGAUUUGAAUCUGAGAGGUCCCAAAGUGAAAGGAGACCUGGAUGUUUCUGCCCCGAAGCUGGAAGGGGAGCUGAAAGCACCUGGACUUGACAUCAAGGGCCCCAAGGUUGACAUUGAAGCGCCAGACGUGGACGUCCACGGUCCAGAGGGAAAACUAAAGAUGCCAAAGCUGAAAAUGCCCAAGUUUGGGGUGCCUGGCCUAAAGGGUGAGGGCCCCAGCGUUGAUGUGACUCUUCCAAAGGGUGAGGUGGACAUUUCUGGUCCCAAGGUAGAUAUCGAUGUGCCAAGCGUGGACAUCGAAGGGCCAGAAGGAAAAGGCAAAGGUCUCAAAUUUAAAAUGCCUGAACUAAACAUUCAGACGCCAAAACUGUCCAUGCCAGAUGUAGAUCUUAGUUUGAAGGCCCCCAAACUGAAAGGAGAUGCAGAUAUUUCUGGUCUGAAGCCCUCUGGAGAUCUGAAGGGCCCAAAAAUAGAUGUGGAAGGUCCAAAAGUGGAUGUUGAUAUGCCUGAGGUAGACUUGGAAUGCCCAGAAGGGAAAAUAAAAGGCCCCAAAUUUAAGAUGCCUAAGUUUAAUAUCAAAGCACCUAAAAUAUCCAUGCCGGAUGUAGAUUUGAACGUAAAGGGACACAAAAUGAAAGGAGAGAUGGAUGUUUCUCUUCCGAAGGUAGAAGGUGACUUGAAAGAACCCGGUGUUGAUAUCAAGGGACCAAAAAUAGAUGUUGAGGUCCCAGAUGUCAACCUGGAGUGUCCAGAAGCCAAACUGAAAAUGCCGAAAAUGAAAUUGCCUCAUGUUAACGUGUCUGGCCCAAAGUUUGAGGGAGCCGAUAUAGAUGUCAACCUGCCAAAAGCAGAGAUAGAUAUUUCUGGGCCAGAGGCAGAUAUUAAAGUGCCGGAGCUGGACGUUGCAGGACCAGAAGGAAAAUGGAAAGGCCCCAAGUUCAGGAUGCCGAAGCUGAACAUCAAAACACCUAAAAUAUCCAUGCCGGAUGUAGAUUUGAACCUAAAGGGACCUAAAGUGAAAGGAGACAUGGAUAUUGGAGCUCCUAAGAUAGAAGGAGACUUGAAAGGGCCAGAAAUAGACAUUAAAGGCCCCAAAGUAGAUGUUGAGGCACCCAAUAUUGAUUUGGAGUGCCCUGAAGGGAAGCUGAAAGGCCCCAAAUUCAAGAUGCCAGAGAUGCACAUCAAGGCUCCCAAGUUCUCCAUGCCUGAUGUGGACAUUAAUUUGAAAGGGCCCAGCAUGAAAGGAGAUAUGGAAGUCUCAGCUCCCAAGCUUGAGGGUGACCUGAAGGGUCCUGAGCUGGACAUCAAGGGCCCCAAAGUCGACAUUGAGGCACCCGAUGUGGACAUUCAUGGCCCAGAAGGAAAAUUCAAAAUGCCCAAGUUCAAAAUGCCCAAAUUUGGGAUGCCGGGGCUGAAAGGAGAAGGUCCAGAGGUGGAUGUGAACCUGCCAACAGGAGACCUGGAUGUUUCUGGUCCGAAGGUGGAUAUUGGGGCUCCAAAGUUGGAUAUUGAAGGGCCUGAGGGGAAGCUGAAGGGCCCCAAGUUCAAGAUGCCCGAGAUGCACAUCAAGUCACACAAGAUCUCUAUGCCUGAUGUUGACUUGAAUCUGAAGGGCCCCAAGCUGAAGGGGGAUGUUGAUGUGUCUGUUCCCAAGCUGGAAGGUGACCUGAAGGGUCCUGAGCUGGACAUCAAGGGCCCCAAAGUUGACAUUGAGGCACCUGAUGUGGACAUUCAUGGCCCAGAAGGAAAAUUCAAAAUGCCCAAGUUCAAAAUGCCCAAAUUUGGGAUGCCUGGCUUCAAAGCAGAAGGCCCGGAGGUGGAUGUGAACCUGCCGACAGGAGACCUGGAUGUUUCUGGUCCGAAGGUGGAUAUUGAGGGACCAGAGGUGGACAUUGAAGGGCCCGAGGGGAAGCUGAAGGGCCCCAAGUUCAAGAUGCCCGAGAUGCACUUCAAGGCACCCAAAUUCUCCAUGCCUGAUGUUGACUUCAAUCUGAAGGGCCCCAAGCUGAAGGGGGAUGUCGAUGUGUCUGUUCCCAAGCUGGAAGGUGACCUGAAGGGUCCUGAGCUGGACAUCAAGGGCCCCAAAGUCGACAUUGAGGCACCUGAUGUGGACAUUCAUGGCCCAGAAGGAAAAUUCAAAAUGCCCAAGUUCAAAAUGCCCAAAUUUGGGAUGCCUGGCUUCAAAGCAGAAGGCCCGGAGGUGGAUGUGAACCUGCCGACAGGAGACCUGGAUGUUUCUGGUCCAAAAGUGGAUAUUGAGGGACCGGAGGUGGACAUUGAAGGGCCUGAGGGGAAGCUGAAAGGCCCCAAGUUCAAGAUGCCAGAGAUGCACUUCAAGGCGCCCAAGAUCUCCAUGCCUGACAUUGACUUGAACCUGAAAGGCCCGAAAGUGAAGGGGGAUGUGGAUGUGUCUGUUCCCAAGCUGGAAGGUGACCUGAAGGGUCCCGAGCUGGACAUCAAGGGCCCCAAAGUCGAUGUUGACCUUCCUGACGUUGAGCUGGAAGGGCCAGAAGGGAAGCUGAAGGGCCCCAAGUUCAAGAUGCCAGAGAUGCACAUCAAGGCACCCAAAUUCUCCAUGCCUGAUGUUGACUUCAAUCUGAAGGGCCCCAAGCUGAAGGGAGAUGUCGACGUGUCUGUCCCUAAGCUGGAAGGUGACCUGAAGGGUCCUGAGCUGGACAUCAAGGGCCCCAAAGUCGACAUUGAGGCACCUGAUGUGGACAUUCAUGGCCCAGAAGGAAAAUUCAAAAUGCCCAAGUUCAAAAUGCCCAAAUUUGGGAUGCCUGGCUUCAAAGCAGAAGGCCCGGAGGUGGAUGUGAACCUGCCGACAGGAGACCUGGAUGUUUCUGGUCCAAAAGUGGAUAUUGAGGGACCGGAGGUGGACAUUGAAGGGCCUGAGGGGAAGCUGAAAGGCCCCAAGUUCAAGAUGCCAGAGAUGCACUUCAAGGCGCCCAAGAUCUCCAUGCCUGACAUUGACUUGAACCUGAAAGGCCCGAAAGUGAAGGGGGAUGUGGAUGUGUCUGUUCCCAAGCUGGAAGGUGACCUGAAGGGUCCCGAGCUGGACAUCAAGGGCCCCAAAGUCGACAUUGAGGCACCCGAUGUGGACAUUCAUGGCCCAGAAGGAAAAUUCAAAAUGCCCAAGUUCAAAAUGCCCAAAUUUGGGAUGCCAGGGCUGAAAGGAGAAGGCCCGGAAGUGGAUGUGAACCUGCCGACAGGAGACCUGGAUGUUUCUGGUCCGAAGGUGGAUAUUGAGGGACCGGAGGUGGACAUUGAAGGGCCUGAGGGGAAGUUGAAGGGCCCCAAGUUCAAGAUGCCAGAGAUGCACUUCAAGACACCCAAGAUCUCCAUGCCUGACAUUGACUUGAACCUGAAAGGCCCCAAAGUGAAGGGGGAUGUGGAUGUGUCUGUUCCCAAGCUGGAAGGUGACCUGAAGGGUCCCGAGCUGGACAUCAAGGGCCCCAAAGUUGAUGUUGACCUUCCUGACGUUGAGCUGGAAGGGCCAGAAGGGAAGCUGAAGGGCCCCAAGUUCAAGAUGCCUGAGAUGCACAUCAAGGCACCCAAGUUCUCCAUGCCUGAUGUUGACUUCAAUCUGAAGGGCCCCAAGCUGAAGGGAGGUGCUGACAUUUCUGUUCCAAACUUAGAAGGUGACUUGAAAGGACCUGAGGUGAAUAUCAAAGGUCCAAAGUUGGAUGUUGAUGUUCCUGAUCUUGAUGUUGAAGGUCCUGAGGGAAAAUGGAAAGGCCCCAAGAUAAAAAUGCCAGAGAUGCAUAUUAAGGCGCCCAAGUUUUCUAUGCCUGAUAUAGACUUCAACUUGAAAGGUCCCAAAAUGAAAGGAGAAAUGGAUGUUUCUGUACCGAAAAUAGAGGGUGAUGUCAAAGGGCCGGACCUGGAACUUAAAGGGCCCAAAGUGGACAUAGAGGCUCCGGAUGUUGACCUAGAGUGUCCAGAAGGAAAGUUAAAGGGUCCCAAAUUUAAGAUGCCCGACAUGCAUUUCAAGGCCCCCAAGAUCUCCAUGCCGGACUUUGAUCUGAACCUGAAAGGCCCCAAAGUGAAGGGGGAUGUGGACGUUUCUGUUCCAAAACUUGAGGGUGAUUUGAAAGGCCCGGACGUUGACAUCAAGGGCCCUAAACUGGAUGUUAACGUUCCCGACGUUGACCUAGAGUGUCCGGAAGCAAAGUUGAAAGGCCCCAAGUUCAAGAUGCCUGAAAUGCACUUCAAGACACCAAAAAUCUCCAUGCCUGACAUCGAUUUGAACCUGAAAGGCCCCAAAGUGAAGGGAGAUGUGGAUGUUUCUGCCCCCAAACUAGAAGGUGACUUGAAAGGCCCUGAUGUGGAUAUCAAAGGUCCUACACUGGAUAUAGAAGCCCCUGAUGUAGAUAUUGAGAUCCCAGAGGGGAAGCUGAAAGGCCCCAAAUUUAAGAUGCCAGAGAUGCAUUUUAAGGCUCCCAAGAUCUCCAUGCCAGACUUUGAUCUGAACCUGAAAGGCCCAAAAGUGAAGGGGGACGUCAAUGUUUCCGUGCCCAAGUUAGAAGGUGACCUGAAAGGGCCUGAGGUUACAGUAAAAGGUCCAAAAGUGGACAUAGAGGCUCCGGAUGUUGACCUAGAGUGUCCAGAAGGAAAGUUAAAGGGUCCCAAAUUUAAGAUGCCUGACAUGCAUUUCAAAGCCCCCAAGAUCUCCAUGCCAGACUUUGAUCUGAACCUGAAAGGCCCCAAAGUGAAGGGGGAUGUGGACGUUUCUGUUCCAAAACUUGAGGGUGAUUUGAAAGGCCCGGACGUUGACAUCAAGGGCCCUAAACUGGAUGUAGACCUUCCUGAUGUUGAGCUGGAAUGCCCGGAAGGGAAGCUGAAGGGCCCUAAGUUCAAGAUGCCCGAGAUGCACAUCAAGGCGCCCAAGAUCUCCAUGCCUGACAUUGACUUGAACCUGAAAGGCCCCAAAGUGAAGGGGGAUGUGGAUGUGUCUGUUCCCAAGCUGGAAGGUGACCUGAAGGGUCCCGAGCUGGACAUCAAGGGCCCCAAAGUCGAUGUUGACCUUCCUGACGUUGAGCUGGAAGGGCCAGAAGGGAAGCUGAAGGGCCCCAAGUUCAAGAUGCCCGAGAUGCACAUCAAGGCACCCAAGUUCUCCAUGCCUGAUGUUGACUUCAAUCUGAAGGGCCCCAAGCUGAAGGGAGAUGUCGAUGUGUCUGUUCCCAAGCUGGAAGGUGAUCUGAAGGGUCCCGAGCUGGACAUCAAGGGCCCCAAAGUCGACAUUGAGGCACCCGAUGUGGACGUUCAUGGCCCAGAAGGAAAAUUCAAAAUGCCCAAGUUCAAAAUGCCCAAAUUUGGGAUGCCUGGCUUCAAAGCAGAAGGCCCGGAGGUGGACGUGAACCUGCCGACAGGAGACCUGGAUGUUUCUGGUCCGAAGGUGGAUAUUGAGGGACCGGAGGUGGACAUUGAAGGGCCUGAGGGGAAGCUGAAAGGCCCCAAGUUCAAGAUGCCAGAGAUGCACUUCAAGGCGCCCAAGAUCUCCAUGCCUGACAUUGACUUGAACCUGAAAGGCCCGAAAGUGAAGGGGGAUGUGGAUGUGUCUGUUCCCAAGCUGGAAGGUGACCUGAAGGGUCCCGAGCUGGACAUCAAGGGCCCCAAAGUCGAUGUUGACCUUCCUGACGUUGAGCUGGAAGGGCCAGAAGGGAAGCUGAAGGGCCCCAAGUUCAAGAUGCCCGAGAUGCACAUCAAGGCACCCAAAUUCUCCAUGCCUGAUGUUGACUUCAAUCUGAAGGGCCCCAAGCUGAAGGGAGAUGUCGAUGUGUCUGUUCCCAAGCUGGAAGGUGAUCUGAAGGGUCCUGAGCUGGACAUCAAGGGCCCCAAAGUCGACAUUGAGGCACCCGAUGUGGACAUUCAUGGCCCAGAAGGAAAAUUCAAAAUGCCCAAGUUCAAAAUGCCCAAAUUUGGGAUGCCUGGCUUCAAAGCAGAAGGCCCGGAGGUGGAUGUGAACCUGCCGACAGGAGACCUGGAUGUUUCUGGUCCGAAGGUGGAUAUUGAGGGACUGGAGGUGGACAUUGAAGGGCCUGAGGGGAAGUUGAAGGGCCCCAAGUUCAAGAUGCCAGAGAUGCACUUCAAGGCGCCCAAGAUCUCCAUUCCUGACAUUGACUUGAACCUGAAAGGCCCGAAAGUGAAGGGGGAUGUGGAUGUGUCUGUUCCCAAGCUGGAAGGUGACCUGAAGGGUCCUGAGCUGGACAUCAAGGGCCCCAAAGUCGAUGUUGACCUUCCUGACGUUGAGCUGGAAGGGCCAGAAGGGAAGCUGAAGGGCCCCAAGUUCAAGAUGCCCGAGAUGCACAUCAAGGCACCCAAGUUCUCCAUGCCUGAUGUUGACUUCAAUCUGAAGGGCCCCAAGCUGAAGGGAGAUGUCGACGUGUCUGUUCCCAAGCUGGAAGGUGACCUGAAGGGUCCCGAGCUGGACAUCAAGGGCCCCAAAGUCGACAUUGAUGUGCCAGAUGUGGACAUUCAUGGCCCAGAAGGAAAAUUCAAAAUGCCCAAGUUCAAAAUGCCCAAAUUUGGGAUGCCUGGCUUUAAAGCAGAAGGCCCGGAGGUGGACAUGAACCUGCCGACAGGAGACCUGGAUGUUUCUGGUCCGAAGGUGGAUAUUGAGGGACCGGAGGUGGACGUUGAAGGGCCCGAGGGGAAGCUGAAAGGCCCCAAGUUCAAGAUGCCUGAGAUGCACUUCAAGGCGCCCAAGAUCUCCAUGCCUGACAUUGACUUGAACCUGAAAGGCCCGAAAGUGAAGGGGGAUGUGGAUGUGUCUGUUCCCAAGCUGGAAGGUGACCUGAAGGGUCCUGAGCUGGACAUCAAGGGCCCCAAAGUCGAUGUUGACCUUCCUGACGUUGAGCUGGAAGGGCCAGAAGGGAAGCUGAAGGGCCCCAAGUUCAAGAUGCCCGAGAUGCACAUCAAGGCUCCCAAAUUCUCCAUGCCUGAUGUUGACUUCAAUCUGAAGGGCCCCAAGCUGAAGGGAGAUGUCGAUGUGUCCGUCCCUAAGCUGGAAGGUGACCUGAAGGGUCCCGAGCUGGACAUCAAGGGCCCCAAAGUCGACAUUGAGGCACCUGAUGUGGACAUUCAUGGCCCAGAAGGUAGAAUAAAAAUGCCCAAGUUCAAAAUGCCCAAGUUUGGGGUGCCUGGCUUUAAAGCAGAAGGCCCGGAGGUGGAUGUGAACCUGCCGACAGGAGACCUGGAUGUUUCUGGUCCGAAGGUGGAUAUUGAGGGACCAGAGGUGGACAUUGAAGGGCCCGAGGGGAAGCUGAAGGGCCCCAAGUUCAAGAUGCCAGAGAUGCACAUCAAGGCACCCAAGAUCUCCAUGCCUGAUGUUGACUUCAAUCUGAAAGGCCCCAAAUUGAAGGGGGAUGUGGAUGUUUCCCUUCCUAAGCUUGAGGGUCCUGAGCUGGACAUCAAGGGCCCCAAAGUUGACAUUGAGGCACCUGACGUGGAUAUUCAUGGUCCAGAAGGUAAAAUAAAAAUGCCCAAGUUCAAAAUGCCCAAGUUUGGGUUUUCUGGGUUGAAAGGAGAAGGCCCGGAAGUUGAUGUAAAUCUACCUGAAGCCAACGUUGCUAUUUCUGGUCCAACAGUUGAUGUUACUGUUCCUGAUCUGGACGUUGAAGGACCAGAAGGAAAACUUAAGGGCCCUAAAUUUAAGAAGCCUGACAUGCAAUUCAAUGUUCCUAAAAUUUCUAUGCCAGAUAUUGACUUAAAUUUGAAAGGCCCAAAACUAAAAGCUGACGUUGAUCCUGCCCUUCCCAAAAUCGAGGGUGAGCUGAAAAGUCCUAAGCUUGAUAUCAAAGGGCCAGAACUUGAUGUCGAGGGACCAAAGCUUGAUCUAGAAGGAAAGACUAAAAAAUCCAGGUUUAAACUUCCCAAAUUUGGCUUUUCUGGUCCUAAAGUGCAAAGCCCUGAUGUGGAUGUGAAACUCAAAAAACCUGACGUUGAAAUAUCUGGCCCAAAAGUUGAUGUUCAUGCUCCGGAUGUGGAUUUACAGGCAAAAUCAAAAGGGUCAAAAUUUAAAAUGCCUUUCCUGAGUAUUUCAUCCCCUAAAGUUUCAAUGCCGGAUGUGGAGCUAAAUCUGAAAGGGCAUAAACUAAAAGGAGAGUUAGAUGUUUCCAGCCCGAAGCUGGAAGGAGAACUGAAAGGUCCCGAGGUGGACAUCAAGGGCCCCAAAGUCAACAUCGAGGCACCUGACGUGGACAUUCAUGGGCCGGAGGGUAAACUCAAAAUGCCCAAGUUCAAAAUGCCCAAAUUUGGUGUGUCUGGGUUUAAGGGUGAGGGUCCAGAGGUGGACGUGAACCUGCCAAAAGGAGAGCUGGAUGUGUCCGGUCCCAAGCUGGAUAUCGAAGGUGCUGGUUUGGAAAUUGAAGGGCCAGAGGGGAAGCUGAAGGGUCCCCAGUUUAAGAUGCCAGAAAUGAACAUCAAGGCACCCAAGAUCUCCAUGCCUGACAUCGACCUGAACCUCAAAGGCCCCAAAGCAAAGGCAGAUGUGGAUGUCUCUCUUCCCGAGGUGGAUCUGAAGGGCUCAGAUUUGCACGUGAAAGGACCGAAAGUGGAUGUAGAGGUUCCUGACCUCGACAUUGAAGGUCCCAAAGGAAAAUUGAAAGGCCCCAAAUUUAAAAUGCCUGAAAUGAAUAUCAAGGCUCCCAAUAUUUCCAUGCCAGACUUUGAUUUGAAUUUGAAAGGUCCCAAGUCAAAAGGAGGUGUGGAUGUCGAUCUUUCAGUGCCAAAACUGGAAGGGGACUUGAGUGUGCCGGAUGUUAAUAUCAAAGGACCAAAGGUUGACAUUGAUGUUCCAGACCUGGAUGUUGAAGGGCCGGAAGGAAAACUGAAAGGUCCCAAGUUUAAAAUGCCAGAGAUGCACAUCAAGGCUCCCAAAAUUUCAAUGCCUGAUGCCAGCUUAAACCUCAAAGGUCCCAAGCUGAAAGGAGACAUAGAUGUUUCUGCUCCAAAGCUGGAAGGGGAUUUGAAGGCUCCUGACAUCAAUAUUGGAGGCCCCAAGGUCGACAUUGAUGUGCCAGAUGUAGACAUUCACGGCCCAGAGGGUAAACUCAAAAUGCCCAAGUUCAAAAUGCCCAAAUUCGGGAUGCCUGGCUUCAAAGCAGAAGGCCCGGAGGUGGACGUGAACCUGCCAACAGGAGACCUGGAUGUUUCUGGUCCGAAGGUGGAUAUUGAAGGUCCAGAGUUGGACAUUGAAGGGCCUGAGGGGAAGUUGAAGGGCCCCAAGUUCAAGAUGCCCGAGAUGCACUUCAAGGCGCCCAAGAUCUCCAUGCCUGACAUUGACUUGAACCUGAAAGGCCCGAAAGUGAAGGGGGAUGUGGAUGUGUCUGUUCCCAAGCUGGAAGGUGACCUGAAGGCUCCUGAGCUGGAUAUAAAAGGACCCAAAGUAGACAUAGAUGUUCCGGAUGUGGAGAUUGAAGGACCAGAAGGAAAAUUGAAAGGCCCCAAAUUGAAGAUGCCAGAGAUGCAUUUUAAGGCUCCUAAAAUUUCUAUGCCGGACUUUGAUCUGAACCUGAAAGGCCCGAAAGUGAAGGGGGAUGUGGAUGUGUCUGUGCCGUGUGUGGAAGGUGACCUGAAAGGGCCAAAAGUUGAUAUUAAAGGUCCUGAGUUGGAUGUUAGUGCCCCAGAUGUUCAAAUCGAGGGCCCAGAAGGAAAGUUAAAGGGUCCCAAAUUUAAGAUGCCCGACAUGCAUUUCAAAGCCCCCAAGAUCUCCAUGCCUGACAUUGACUUGAACCUGAAAGGCCCCAAAGUGAAGGGGGAUGUGGAUGUGUCUGUUCCCAAGCUGGAAGGUGACCUGAAGGGUCCUGAGCUGGACAUCAAGGGCCCCAAAGUUGAUGUUGACCUUCCUGACGUUGAGCUGGAAGGGCCAGAAGGGAAGCUGAAAGGCCCCAAGUUCAAGAUGCCCGAGAUGCACAUCAAGGCACCCAAGUUCUCCAUGCCUGAUGUUGACUUCAAUCUGAAGGGCCCCAAGCUGAAGGGAGAUGUCGACGUGUCUGUCCCUAAGCUGGAAGGUGAUCUGAAGGGUCCCGAGCUGGACAUCAAGGGCCCCAAAGUCGACAUUGAGGCACCCGAUGUGGACAUUCAUGGCCCAGAAGGAAAAUUCAAAAUGCCCAAGUUCAAAAUGCCCAAAUUUGGGAUGCCGGGGCUGAAAGGAGAAGGCCCAGAGGUGGACGUGAACCUGCCGACAGGAGACCUGGAUGUUUCUGGUCCGAAGGUGGAUAUUGAGGGACCGGAGGUGGACGUUGAAGGGCCUGAGGGGAAGCUGAAGGGCCCCAAGUUCAAGAUGCCCGAGAUGCACAUCAAGGCGCCCAAGAUCUCUAUGCCUGACAUUGACUUGAACCUGAAAGGCCCGAAAGUGAAGGGGGAUGUGGAUGUGUCUGUUCCCAAGCUGGAAGGUGACCUGAAGGGUCCCGAGCUGGACAUCAAGGGCCCCAAAGUCGAUGUUGACCUUCCUGACGUUGAGCUGGAAGGGCCAGAAGGGAAGCUGAAAGGCCCCAAGUUCAAGAUGCCCGAGAUGCACAUCAAGGCACCCAAGUUCUCCAUGCCUGAUGUUGACUUCAAUCUGAAGGGCCCCAAGCUGAAGGGAGAUGUCGACGUGUCUGUCCCUAAGCUGGAAGGUGAUCUGAAGGGUCCCGAGCUGGACAUCAAGGGCCCCAAAGUCGACAUUGAGGCACCCGAUGUGGACAUUCAUGGCCCAGAAGGAAAAUUCAAAAUGCCCAAGUUCAAAAUGCCCAAAUUUGGGAUGCCGGGGCUGAAAGGAGAAGGCCCAGAGGUGGACGUGAACCUGCCGACAGGAGACCUGGAUGUUUCUGGUCCAAAAGUGGAUAUUGAGGGACCGGAGGUGGACAUUGAAGGGCCUGAGGGGAAGUUGAAGGGCCCCAAGUUCAAGAUGCCAGAGAUGCACUUCAAGGCGCCCAAGAUCUCCAUGCCUGACAUCAACUUAAACUUGAAAGGCCCCAAAGUGAAGGGGGACGUGGAGCUUUCUGCACCUGAUCUGGAAGGCCCUAAGGUUGAGAUUGAUGCUCCUGACAUUGACAUCAAAGGCCCUGAAGGGAAGCUGAAGGGCCCCAAGUUCAAGAUGCCUGAGAUGCACAUCAAGGCUCCCAAAAUUUCCACGCCAGACUUCGAUCUGAACCUGAAAGGUCCCAAAGUUAAAGGAGAUGUCGACAUGUCGAUGUCAGGAAUUGAAUGUGAACUGAAAGGGCCGGAGGUCAAUAUCGGUGCUCCUAAAUUAGACAUAGGUGCCCCUGAUGUUGAUAUUGACAGCCCAGAGGGUAAAUUUAAGCUUCCGAAAUUCAAAAUGCCCAAGUUUUCCAUGCCUGGCUUUAAAGGGGAGGGUGUGGAUGUGGAUGUGAACCUCCCCAAGGGAGACAUUGACGUUUCGGGCCCCAGCAUAGACGUAGAGGCUCCUGAUCUGCACGUGGAUGGAAAAAUCAAAGGUCCCAAAUUUACGAUGCCCGAAAUGCACAUGAAGGCUCCCAAGGUCUCCAUCCCUGAUGUCGACUUCAACAUCAAGGGGCCUCAACUGAAAGGAGAUGUAGAUGUUUCCGGACCCAGGCUUGAAGGUGAUUUGAAAGCACCCCAAAUUGACGUGAAAGCCCCCAAAAUAGACAUCGAGGCUCCUGAUGUGACCAUCGAAGGGCCGGAAGGGAAACUGAAAGGUCCAAAAUUCAAGAUGCCAGAAAUGCACAUCAAGGCGCCCAAGUUCUCCAUGCCCGAUGUUGACUUCAAUCUGAAGGGCCCCAAGCUGAAGGGUGAUGUCGACGUCUCGGCGCCAAAGUUGGAAGGGGAUUUGCAGUGUCCGGAUGUUGACAUCAAAGGCCCCAAGUUGGACAUUCAGGCACCUGAUGUGAACAUCGAAGGGCCGGAUGGAAAACUGAAAGGCCCAAAAUUCAAGAUGCCAGAAAUGCACAUCAAGACUCCCCAGAUCUCCAUGCCAGACAUAGACUUGAACCUAAGGGGACUGAAGCUGAAAGGAGAUGCGGAUCUUCAGGGCCCAAAGCUCGAGGGAGGACUGAAGGGUCCUGAAGUUGAUAUUAAGGGCCCCAAAAUAGAUAUCGAGGGCCCGGAGGUUGACGUCGAUGGUCUGGAGGGAAAAAUGAAGCUGCCUAAAAUGAAGCUGCCCAAGUUUGGCUUAAAAGGAGAAGGCCCUGACAUGGACGUGAACCUGCCAAAGACAGAAGUCGAUCUUUCGGGCCCCAAGGUAGACAUCAGCGUCCCGGAUGUGAGCGUCGAAGGUCCAGAGGGCAAACUGAAAGGUCCUAAACUGAAGAUGCCAGAAAUGCACGUGAAUGUUCCUAAAAUCUCAAUGCCUGAGAUAGACUUGAAUCUGAAAGGCCACAAAACGAAGGGAGGCUUUGACAUUUCAACCCCAAAGAUAGAAGGCAACCUGAAAGGUCCUGAAGUUGAUAUCAAAGGCCCAGAAUUGGGAAUCAGAAGCCCUGAAGUUGACGUUGAAUGUCCCGACCUGAGCUUUGAAGGCCCGGAGGCAAAUGUCAAAUUUCCCAAGUUUAAGAAGUCAAAGUUUGGGUUUGGGAUGAAAAGCCCAAAGGCAGAAAUCAAGGUCCCCGGGGUGGAAGCGGAUUUACCCGAGGCGGAGCUGAACGUGGAGUCGCCUGAUGUCAACAUCGCUGGAAAGGGUAAGAAGAGCAAGUUCAAGAUGCCAAAACUUCAUAUGAGUGGUCCUAAAGUUAAAGGAAAGAAAGGUGGGUUCGACGUGAAUGUGGCUGGUGGCGAGCUCGAUGCGAAUUUGAAAUCUCCCGACCUGGAUGUGAAUGUAGCUGGUCCGGAUGUGACGAUAAAAGGUGAUGCUGCAGUGAAGUCCCCCAAAGGAAAGAAACCCAUGUUUGGGAAAAUCUCCUUCCCAGAUGUUGAAUUUGAUCUUAAAUCACACAGAUUCAGAGGGGAUGCUUCCGUGGCAGUCCCAAAAAUAGAGGGGGAACUUAAAGCGCCUGAUCUAGACGUCUCUCUGCCGACUGCCAAAGGUGAUGUAAAAGGCCCAAGUCUCAACGUGGACGUUGAAGGUUCUGACGUGAGCCUGAAGAAACCAAAGUUCAAACUUCCCAGCGGGCAGGUGGGCGUAGGGGACAUGAAAAUUGAGGGCGACCUGAAAGGACCUGCCAUUGAUGUUGCUGUUCCCUCGAUCUCGGUGCCGGAUGUCGACUUAAAUGUGAAAGGACCAAAAGUAAAAGGUGAAGUCGGCGUUCCUGGAGUAGAACUGGAAGGUCUGAAAUUGCCCAAGGUGGGGAAAAUGGGUCUUGGUUUGGAAAUGCCAGACGCGAACUUGGAUGUUUCGGUCCCGGCCGUGGAAGGAAGCGUGAGCCUCCCUUCGGCUGAUGUCAACCUCCGAGGUGUUGAUGUAAAGCUCAAAGGGCCCCAAAUCUCUGGACCUGAUUUUGAUGGACACCUGAAAGGACCAAAAAUAAAGGGAGAUCUGGACGUUUCGAGUUCUGUGGAAGGGCCAAGCGUCAGUGUGGACACACCAGGUGUUGACAUUGGAGGCUUGGGAGGAAAGCUGAAGCUGCCAAAGUUUAAAUCCCCCGCUAUGGAGGCACCUGAUCUGAGCAUGAAAGGAGGCGUCGACUGCUCCGUCCCACAAAUGGAGGCGGAUGUGAAAGCCCCGGGUGCAAAUCUCAAUCUCGGCAUCCCAGGCGUCAGUAUCAAAGGGCCCUCAGUGGAUGUUUCUGCCCCAGACUUGGAUGUAAACCUGAAAGGACCAAAGUUGAAAGGAGAUCUUGAUGUUUCUGCUGGCGUUAAAUCCCCCAAAGCUUCAGUGGACGUGUCUGAUGGCGGCUUUGAAAUUCUGGGUGGCACGAUCAAGCUCCCGUCCCUCAAGCUCCCCCAGUUUGGUGUUUCCAGUCCUGGUGUGGAUGGAGCGGAUGUAGGCAUCUGUCUUGAAGGUCCUCAAGUGAAAGGAGGCCUGAAGGGCUCGGGGGUUGGUGUUGGGUUGGAAGGAUCCAACGUGGAAUUGAAAGGGCCUAAGUUUCAAAUGCAGUCACCUGGCGUUUCCUUGUCGGACGUCGACCUGAAGCUGAAAGGACCAAACCUACGGGGUGACAUAGAUGUCGCCGGUGACAUCAAAGGCCCAAAAGUCAACGUGGAAGCACCUCGUGUCGACCUUAAGGAACCCGGAGCAGGUGUCCACCUCGAGGCUCCCACCGUGGAUGCGUCCGCGCUGAAAGUUUCUGGGUCGGGUUUUAACGUCAAUGUAAAAGGGCCGAAGAUCAAAGGUGGUGCCGCUGUCUCCGGAGAGGCGGUGGCACCGGCUCUGAGCGUCGGCGGAGGAACUCUUCAUGUUACCGGCCCGAAGGUGGGAAUUGGAGGUCCCAGCAUCACCACGAGCAGCCCAGAAAGCAGCUUGGGAAAAGUAUCGUUCCCCAAACUGCGAAUGCCUAAAUUUGUGUUUUCAGACCACGAGGUGAAGGGCAGAGAGAGGGGGGUCGACGUAGAGUUCCCCGGGGUGGAUGCUAACCUCCAGGCCGACGUCGCAGAACUCGAGUCAGAGGACGUGGAUGUCAGACUGAAGAAAUCCAAAAUCAAAAUGCCCAAGUUUAAUUUUUCCAAGCAGAAGGGAAAGAGCGGAGGUUCCCUGGAGGUUUCUGGGUCUGUUUCGGGAUCGAAAGGUGACCUGAAGAGCUCCAAGGUCAGUUUGGGGUCCGCGGAAGGCGAGCUCGAUGGCGGAGAGGGUCUGUCGUCGGCGAAAGGGAAGUUCUCCCUCUUUAAAAGCAAGAAGACGCGCCAUCGGUCGUCGUCCUUCAGCGACGAGCGCUCGUCCCACUCGACGCCCACGGGAACGCUGGAGCUGGAGAAGGGCAAACAAGGCAAAAUGAAAUUCGGGACGUUCGGGGGGAUCGGUUCAAAAACUAAAGGUUCUUACGAAGUGACGGGAAGCGACGAGGAGACGGGGAAGGCGCAGGGCAGCGGGGUCUCGUUAGCGUCCAAAAAAUCACGUCUCUCCUCUUCUUCCAGCAACGACAGUGGGACGAAGGGCGGUUUCCGUAUGCCCGGGGUGGAGCUGACGGUGGCCAAGAAAAAAGAGUAGCGCGGCUGUACAUAAGGUGCCUGUGUAUAUAGGGUUGCCCCCCCUUCCCCGGGUUUGUAUAUAUAUAUUUUUUUUUUUUUUUUUUUGGUAGCUUGGGCUACUUCCAACCUGAGCGAGCAGGUGGGGGGGGCGGGAGAAGCGUCGCGGUGGGAUGCCGUGGUUGGCCUGGCCGUGUCGGAAGCUUCUCCGCGCUCAAAAUAUCAGCUUGUGCAUGAAAUGCUGAGAGCUUAAGUUUACUAGCAAGCUAUUUCUUUUUUUUUUUUUUUCCUCCCCCCCCCCCCCAUUUUUACUGAAUAUUUUCAGUGUUUGGUUCGUGGAAAUGAGGUUGGUUUGUUGGUUUUUGGUUUGUUUUUUUUUUUUCUUUUUUUUUUUCUCCUCCAUCUUGACAAUCUGGGGUGGUUUUGGUUUUUUUUUUUUUUUUUUUUUAGCUUUUAUUUGCAGGGCUGAAACUUCUAUCAAAAUAGAUCUAUUUUUAAAAAAAAAAAAACACACACAACAAAACACACACAAAAAAAAUCCCCCCACAACCAAACCACCCUGUAACUGAGACGCGUCCAUUAAAUUCCUGCUACGGGGGGGUGGAAAAAAAAAAAAAAAAAAUCCGAGUGGUUCCAGUGGUUUGGUUGCAUAAGGGCACGAUAUCAAAUAACCUCCGGCGGCGGAAAGGACGGUUUUAUGAGCGAGUAGCCGACCCGUUUGUGCAAGAAAUGUCUCAGAGAAGUUUUAUGUAUUGCCACUAAGUGACCGAGCUUGAUUUUUAAUUAUUAUUUUUUUAUUAUUAUUAUUUUUAUUGCUGCGUUCUUUGUUGCCGCUACACAUUCAUUUGUAUUAUAAGAGGGGGGAGGAAAAAAAAAAAAAACCCACAAAAAAAACAAAUAACCAAAUCCAAACCUUGUCUGGCAGCCUUAAAACUUUUCUGGUGUUUAGUAUAAUUUUAUUUUUUUGUUGUUGUUAAUGAGUAUAACAAGAGAUUUUUUAAAAAAAAAAACAAACAGCAACAAGAAAACAAAAAAAAGCAAACACCCAACCCCCCCCCCCUUUUCAGCACUUUAACGGCGAAUUAAUUGCGAAUGUAAGAAGAAUGAUCUUGUAAAAUGCAAAUAAAGAGUUUAUUAACCAUGA